UAACCGGCCUGGUUGUUGUUGGUGCGGUGUGUUGGAAGGGCUCGUAUCGCUGUUUCUAAUGGCUCUUCCCUUUUCCUGCCUUAUCGUCCCCUGCUUCAUCUUCUGCUUUUUCCCCAAUCUUUCUUGCGCAUGCCCAUCGAAUAAUCUAACAUGCGGUGGUGCUUCUAUUGAAAUAUGGCCUCCUUUCCACACAAACACCACUCCUAUUGACACAGAUACCACUUCGGAAUGCAGAGGAUAUCAUAUGAUCUCGUGCAAUCACUCCACACCAAUCGUCCAAUUCAAUGGUUAUGGGCCCUCCUAUAUCGUGAAGAAUAUCGACUACGCUCAUCGGUCAAUCAUAAUUCAAGACCAAGAGUUCAGUAAAUACGUGCAGAUAUCAGACUGCACUUUCCUUUAUAAAUUUCAUCCUCCUAUUCCCCUGUUCGAGACUUCAUUCCUUCCCCAAUCUGUUAGCCCCAGCCAGUCCCUCUUCAACUGCAGGCCGAAUGAUGGUUAUGAUAUUUGUACCGACAUCUUCCAUGAACUCUAUGAUCGUAAUAUUUGCAGAGGAUACGACCUCUACUUUUCCAACAAAUCAGAGGAUGAAGGAUCUGGUCACAAUAAGUGUUGGGCCGGUCCAAGCCCGUCGUUCGGAUGGACGUUGUUAUUCACUGACGAUGGUGACCUUUAUCUACAAUUUGCAGCUUACUACUCAGAUCCAUCGCAGAUUGACUUGGAUUGGCAUUUGGGUUGGGGUUGCUUCAAACAUAAUAAUACAGGAGAUUCCACGUUCCUUUGCAACGAUCAAUAUUGCCAUGGAAAUAACGAUGCGAAGAGUAAGAUUCCAGUAGGUAAUGAACCCCUCUGUGUUCGCCAAAUUUCAUAAUACAUUGAAACACCUAGAUUAUCAUGUCUCAUGUGAUGGUAUCACUAUUAGCUGCUUGCCUCAACCGAUAAAUUUUGUUUAUGAAGUUUGGGCUAGAAGUUCAAGUUUGAUAUCGAAAGCAGGCAAGUCUAAAAGGAAAAACAGAUACUUCUGUUUUGCUAGAACUUGUUCGAUUAUUUUAGUUGGAUACUGACCUUGCUUGUGAUGCUUUAUUAGAUCCUGCAGGAAAAAGCAAUGCGAGGAGGAAGAUUGCAAUAGGUAAUGAACAUGUUACUCCAACUCAGCUUAUCCCUUCCAAUGAUUUCAGUUUUCUACACAUCAUGGGACAUCAUG